CUUGUGAAAUAUCUCCGCACUGAAACAGAGGCUACUGGACUGAUUUCAGACCCCAUUCCAGUGCCACUCCGAAUCCAAUUUCCAUUUCCGAAUCCCUACCUUCUUCUGCAUUUCUUCGCCGCCUCUCCUGCGCUCUGCUACUGAAAAUCUACUCUCCGUCAAGUUGAUGAUCGAACGAUGCUCUGGAACAUUGGUUGAUUGAUUUAUUCAUCUGUAGAAUUAUCUUGGUAGUAUGAUGCUCCCAAUUUCUUCGCUGAGGCUCAAAGGCAACAUCCUUCCCAUUAACGUUCCCGCGCUUGGUUCUCGGUCCAUCACACCGCGAUUGAAACCAAGCGAAACGACGUCCUCCACGAAAAGUUCGUCGCAGAAAAUUUCCGGUGAAGUUAGAAAAGAAUAUUGUAGAAGUCGUAUGGGCUCCUUUGUGUACGCAGCUCGAGGAGGUGAGCAGAGCGUGGCAACUCAGGAGCAAGAAGCAUCUCAAGGGCUAGAGAGUCCAGCGCUGAAAGUUUUUCCAGGUCAAGCACAUCCUUUAGGAGCUUCAGAGGUUGAAGGUGGAAUCAAUUUUGCAAUUUUCUCACAAAAUGCUACUACAGUUACCCUGUGCUUAGUCCUUAAUGUGAGGGGAAUGAAUAAGAAUGCUGAUCCAAGGAUGAUUGAACUAUCACUUGAUUCAAAAGUAAAUAAGACUGGAGAUAUAUGGCACAUCUGUGUUAAGGAUUUGCCACGUAGCAAUAUUUUAUAUGCCUAUCGAAUAAAUGGACCGCAGGAUUGGAGCCAAGGGCAUCGUUUUGAUUAUGGAAAUCUUUUACUUGACCCAUAUGCUAAGUUGAUUGAUGGACGCCGGAUAUUUGGUGAUACCAACAAUAAAAUGAUUCAGUUUCUUGGAACGUAUGAUUUUGAUUCUUCUCCUUUUGACUGGGGAGAAGGCUAUAAACUGCCAAAUAUACCUGAGGAUGAACUUGUUAUAUAUGAAAUGAAUGUCCGAGCUUUUACUUCCGAUGAAUCUAGUGGGCUUGACCCAAAAAUUCGUGGAAGCUACAUUGGUGUGAUAGAAAAGAUACCACAUCUUUUGGAGCUUGGUGUUAAUGCAAUCGAAUUGUUGCCAGUGUUUGAGUUCGAUGAAUUGGAGUUCCAAAGGCACCCAAAUCCUAGAGAUCACAUGAUUAACACAUGGGGUUAUUCAACUAUAAAUUUCUUUUCACCUAUGAGUCGUUAUGCAAGUAAUGGAGGAGGACCAGUUAAUGCUUCUUCGGACUUUAAAAAAAUGGUUAAGGCACUGCACAAUGCUGGAAUUGAGGUUAUUUUAGAUGUUGUUUAUAACCACACAAAUGAGGGUGAUGAUAAAAAUCCAUAUCCUAUUUCAUUCCGUGGCAUAGAUAACAAGGUCUAUUACAUGUUGGACUUGGACAACAACGCCAAGUUUUUUAACUUCUCCGGUUGUGGUAAUACACUCAAUUGUAACCAUCCUGUUGUCAUGGAGUUAAUACUCGACAGCUUGAGGCACUGGGUUGUUGAGUAUCAUGUGGAUGGGUUCCGUUUUGAUCUAGCUAGUGUUCUAUGUCGAGGAACUGAUGGUUCUCCACUAAAUGCUCCUCCAUUGGUCAGAGCAAUUGCCAAAGAUAGUGUACUUUCUAGAUGUAAGCUGAUUGCAGAACCAUGGGAUUGCGGAGGUCUAUAUCUUGUUGGAAAAUUUCCGAACUGGGAUCGGUGGGCUGAAUGGAAUGGGAUAUUUCGUGAUGAUGUCAGAAGAUUUAUAAAGGGUGACAGUGGUAUGAAAGGAAGUUUUGCAACUAGAAUCGCCGGUUCUGCUGACUUGUACAAAGUCAAUAAACGCAAGCCAUGUCAUAGUAUCAAUUUUGUUAUUGCACAUGAUGGAUUCACACUAUAUGACCUUGUUUCAUAUAAUUAUAAGCAUAAUGAUGCCAAUGGAGAAGGUGGAAAGGAUGGAAGCAAUGUCAAUUUUAGCUGGAAUUGUGGCUUUGAAGGAGAAACUAAAGAUGCAAAUAUUAAUGCACUAAGGUUGCGACAAAUGAAAAACUUCCAUGUGGCACUUAUGGUAUCCCAGGGAACUCCAAUGAUGCUCAUGGGAGAUGAGUACGGUCAUACUCGCAAUGGAAAUAACAACAGUUAUGGACAUGAUAAUGCUCUUAACAAUUUUCAAUGGGAACAAUUGAAGGACAAGAACAGUAUUUUUAGGUUCUUCUCAGAGAUGAUAAAAUUUAGACGGGAUCAUGAGGUCUUCACAAGAAAAAACUUCAUUGGCAAGAAUGACGUUACAUGGCAUGAGGACAAUUGGGAGAACUAUGAGAGCAAAUUCCUUGCAUUUACACUUCAUGAAGGAAAAGGUGGAGAUAUAUACAUUGCGUUCAAUGCACACGACUACUUUGUUGAAGCUGCUAUACCCCCACCACCAAAAAGCAGGCAGUGGCUUCAAGUGGUGGAUACCAGUCUAGAAUCUCCAAAAGACUUUGUUCGGGAAGGCAUUCCCGGCGUUACGGAGACUUACAGUGUGGCCCCUUACUCGUCCAUUAUUCUCGAAGCCAAACCAACAUCCCCUGCUUCUGCUGCUGCUGAAAAUGGUAUGACUCGAUGAGUAUUUAUUUUAGUCAUGAAGCUUAAGUAGAGCAUCAUAUGAAAAAAUAAAUUAAAAAUAAAUAUCAGAAGCUCUUUCCCAUCUGAGCUUAUGUGUUUUGUGUUGUAUUUAGAGGUAUAAUAAUGUAAUAAUAAGGUUGGUAAUUCUAUUUAUGAGAUAUGUUUAAUUCCAAAUUGAUAGUAAGUAAUAAUGUACUUGAAAUAUAAGCAUUGAAUUUGUAGAGGA